ACAUUAAACAAAAUAAUAAAAAAAUAUUUAACUUAAAUGAGAGCGGCUGAAGUCAAAAUAAAAAAGGAAGAGAUUCAAGCUGGGAAUGAACUGAUUUAUGUAGAAAAAUCGGGAGAAAUAGGAAGAAUUAUGAAUGCACAAUAUAUCGGAGAUGUUGAAUUUUAAGAAAGAGGGCAAUACCUAAAAUGAGAUGAUGGUCGGAAUAGCACUAGUGUCUUGACACCUUUCAAAAUAGGAGGAUGCCUCUCCAUAUGGAGAAACAAAUCUAUCGAAAUGAAUGGUGAAGACUGAGUCUGUAUAGUUUACUCCAAAUGAUUGAGACAUAAGACUUUGUUUGGUUUGGUCUUAACACAUAGACAUGCACACACAUAUAAUUUUUUGUGUAUUCUAAUCUGGUUAAUGGGUGUCCCAAGGAAAUUACUCAUUCCAUUGGUAGGCAAUGCAUAUCAGUGGACAAUGUUGACUUACUAGCAAUAGAAAAAUUUGAAUAUUGACCAUGUAAUAUUUAUAUUUUAAAUAUUAAUUUAUUUUUUUAAUUAAAUAAUUUAAAUUAAAGUGAACGGAUAGAAAAUAGGAGACAGAAGAGGGAGGGAAGUAGGUGAGAAUUAAUAGUGUUUUCUAGUAUUGAGAAGUAUGUUGAAGUGUCUGACAUUGGGGCUGAUGAUGGUUUUUAGUGGAAAAAAAAUUUAAAUAAAUUUUGCACUAUUGGAUCAAAGUAGAUGAAAAUUGGAUAAGUCUUAACCGUUGUGGUAUUUUUAUGGGUUGAGAAUUCAAUUUCCUAACUGUAAUAGGCUAAUAGCAGAUAGAUUGAUAAUCCUUAUUCUUUAUUACAACCAUGAGGAUGAUUACAUCGAUGAAUAUAUGAAUGCUGCCAAUUGCCAAUUGGGGGUAUGUAAAUGUUAUUGUUGUUGUGACCUAUUCCAUGAGGAAAUGUGUUAUACCUCAUUAGUUGCCCGCCAGUAUCAAGGUGUAGUUCCUCACAUUAACCUACUCAUUUUUCCCUAAAACUUGUUGACAUGUCUAGUUUCAUUGAUUGUGGUUUCUUGAGAGUUGACAAAAUCAUUGUGCAUGUUUUAUGGUACAACUUAUUGUUCUUGUGCUGAACGUUCAGGGUAGUAUAUUCAAUCCCAUUUUCCAUAUAGCUGAGAGUGAAGUUGUUAUACCAGUUCUCACAAAGUUCAUGCUUCCCACACUUCAGAUGUGCAUAGUAUUUAAGCAUAUUCUGUGGCAUUUGGUGCCAUAUAUAUUGAAGGUUCAUCUUGAAAUGUUCUGCACAUCCUUAAAGAAUCUCAUUGAUGAUGUAUAGGUCAAUAUAGUUUGACCAGACCCUUUUUACGUUUUAGCCUAAUUCCAUGUGUACCCACACUGUUUCUGAUACAACACUAAUCCCACUGCCAGAUUUGCAUACAAUGGCAUUAAUGGAAUUUCUGUUGUUCCGUUGUAUGAACAACUCUUGUACUCGACACUCCUUAGUCUUUAUUUGAACAAGCCUGUCCCUGUGCCUAAACACCCAUCUUUUCUCUCUCCCCCACGUAGAUUUCAAUUUAAAGCCCACACUGAGAACCCAGGCAGACGCAGAAGAAUGUAAGCAUGGGUGCGCACAUGCACACACUAUUAAAAGAAGGAUCCAGCUUGCCAGUCAUCAAUGAGGGAGACAUUGUUACUAUUUCGCAAAAAAAAUUCGGGACAGUUGGAUGCUUUGGAUAUGGAAAAUUUCCAGUUUCACAUUUUCUUUGGAAUGGGUGCUUUGGAUCACAUCAAGCUUGAAGCUUCUUUUCAGGUCUGACUCUAUUUUUUAGGUACUGUGUCUCCUAAAAAAUAUAAGAUGUUUAUAAACUCAGUACCAUCGCUUUUAACAAAACAAUUGAUCUAUUUGUAUCAAGUUCUUCAAUUUUUAAAAUAUCUGUAGCUUCAAACCUCUUCAUAAGCAGUCAAUGUGUUUCUAAACUGUUAUGUACUUCCCUCUCAUGUAGAGGGGCCAUUUGACUUUCAUUAAAAAAUAUGAAUUAAAAACUGCUUAUACAAUCUACUUAGAGAUACUUGGCAAGAUGCCUAAAACUUCCGUAGGGGUCUUGAGGCUUCCAUUUUUAUCUUGUUUUUGAUUACUUGCACGUGUAAUUCAUUAGUGUGUACAAUGUGAUUUCUUUCCUUUUUGGUUUUAAUCCUUAACGAUGAGUAUUGAACUCUCAUCCAAUCUCUCACAACCUGAAUUUUACUUUCCUCUGUUGUAGCCAUUAAGCUCAUCUUUCAAGGCAUAUUGAUCUCGUGCUUUUAUAUGUACACAAGCUAAUGUAAUAAAACUGAUUUUAAAUCAAUACUAAAUUGGGACUUAUGAUAAUUAUAUUUGCUUAAAUGAGGAAAUCCCUUUCCGAAAGCACCAGAUUUAUUAAUUAGGAAAAAAAUAAGGAGGGUUUGUGUGCAGAUCACGUAAUAUAAAUUUUAUUAUAUCCCUUAUUUGUCUAAAAAAUUGAAAUUGGACAGUUUCAUCAAAUUGCAAAUCAGUACUUUCAUCAGUUUGAACCUUCUUCCUUCCUCUCUUAUAUACACGUAGAUGUAUGCUUGUGUAGUCAGUGUUAGUUGAAGUCGUUUUCAAUUUUAUGCUUUAGGCCCUUCAAUCCCAACAAACUGCUACUUCAGGUCUGAUAAAGGUCCGUGACAGCCUUAAAUUUAAUUCAUUAGUUUAAGUUGAAUACAUGUAGUUUCAGUGCUAUGAUGCAGAAAUUUCUUUGUGAAACUGUGGCCUUUUUUGAUUUAUAUGAGGAUUGAUUGCUCCAUUUAAGUACACUUUUACAUUUUUUUUUGUUGCUUCUUUUACCAGGAAAAUAACUUUGUUCUUCUGCAAUCAUCUAUGAAAAACUCCCGUGGUUAAUUUAAUUACUGUAAGGGUAAAGGGUGGUGGGUUACUAGUUUUGUCAAUUUUUAUAGGUUUUCCUCGUGCUUUAUUUUCAUUUUACUGGCUAAUAGUAGUGUGACUGGGGCUGCUUAAAGACCACCAGUUUCAAAUACUACGGAGCUUACUGGGUUGAAAGAGAAACUGUUGGUUCAUGUAAAUUUAAAUUCCUGAAGUGAAGUGAUUUAGGAGCAGGAUUUUGGGAUUAUGUUCUGCAUCCAGAAAUGGAAGUGCUCUUGGUCUCUGGUGGCAGGAAUCGUUUCUAUCAUGGCAUUGGUUUCAGUAGUUCAUAUAUUCUUGUUUCCUGUGGUGCCACCUUUUGAUUACUGUAGAGCAACAAGGCAGGUUCAGAACUCCUAUGUCCCAAUUAACGGAUCAAUUAAAGGAGGGAAAGAGAAUGUCUCAUUUAAUCAAUCAAUUGGACGAAGCAGGGACAAGGCUUUGAAAAAGCCACAGCAAGUACUUGACUUAGACGUUCAGUUUCCGGCCGAAUUGCAUAACACUGUGGUUUACCGCGGCGCUCCGUGGAAGGUUGAGAUUGGCCGGUGGUUGUCAAGUUGUAACUCCAAUACUACAGCAGUCAAAAUUGUUGAGAAAAUUGGCAGCAAGACCUGCAAAAGUGGCUGUAGUGGUCAAGGCAUUUGUAAUAGGGAGUUGGGGGAAGGAUGUGCUGAAAGACUGCAGUUAACCUGCAACUUCCCAGGAUCAAAAGUCCACCCAUAUGGGCGAUGGGUUAUCUCAAUUUGCCCUGCUUAUUGUGACACAACUAGAGCAAUGUGCUUCUGUGGGGAAGGCACAAAAUACCCAAAUCGACCCGUCGCUGAGGCAUGUGGGUUUAAAGUGAACUUGCCUUCUGACCCUGGUGGUCCAGCACUAACUGACUGGACAAAAGCUGACCUGGAUAAUAUUUUUACAACUAAUGGUACCAAACCUGGAUGGUGUAACGUGGAUCCAUUAGAAGCCUAUGCUUCAAAAGUACAUUACAAAAAGGAGUGCGAUUGCAAGUAUGACGGUCUGCGGGGGAGAUUUUGUGAGGUGCCUGUUCUAAGCACUUGUAUUAAUCAAUGCUCUGGCAAGGGGCAUUGCCGUGGUGGAUUUUGUCAGGCUGAAUGCUCCCAAGCUAAUUAA